AGUCCGCUGCGCUGAGUUUCCUGAUCCCUCGUCACAUGGUUUGUCAUUAACGUGCCGAGCACAGGCCCUCCUUUGGACUGCCAUCAGAGAUUCAGAUAGACGUGGCUGGGAGGCAUGGGAGAGAGUCACGGGGGACCUGCUUUUACUCGGAAGCACCAACACAAGGGAGAACACAAACAUUAAGAAGGCGGAGGAAACGUGCUGCGAUGUGCGCGCGACGUCUUCUGGUUAUGGAAUAAGUUUUUGGGACACUUCGUUUCCUGGGACCGCUGUUUUUUUUAAAAUGGGAAGACGAGCUACGAACUGGAAAAAAAACAAACGAGCACCGGACUUAUCUGUGAAAUUGUAGCCAUUCUGGCAAACAACUGCCACACCUUCGUCUGUGUAACAGGUACACUACACAGCUGUCCAGAUGGGUUGCAGUUGCUGUAGGAUGGUAAAAGGUUAUAUCUCUGACGCUUCAGUCCCUGUGGAUGUUCCCGGUUGUAAGCGUGACCCCACCACCAGCUCGCUCUAUCAGUCUCACAAAUUCCCAGAGGAGUCAGACCACAUCCACAAAAAACAGGGCUUCCACAACCUGGGUUACAGCACCCACCCCAGCCCUACCAAACUCGACAUAGACAAUAACCACAUAAACCGACUCCACGCUAAUGUUCCGGACCAGCGGGUCAGACCGAGCCAACCUGAGCAUGACUCUCGCCGAUACAUUCUCAGGCCUGAGGACGAGGGGACCCCCGUCAAAACCUUAUGCGAUGAGCCGAUGUUGGGCACGGAACCUGGCAAGAGGGAGGAGAGAUUUCGAGACUCCGGGUUGGGUAGCGGGGGGAUAUCAGAGGGGUCAGAUGGUUGUCCUUGCGGGCAAGAGGAGGAAUACGAGGAGAUGAGAUGCAGGGUGGCCAGCACUCCAGACACGGAGAGCAUGCUGUCUGUGGAUAUGCACACGAGCAGCACAAGCCUCUCCUCAGCGGACACCAAGCUUGUUAUAGACGACAGAGAUGAGAAUGAGCCAGCGUUCAUAGAAGAAGAGCAAGAAACGGAGAAAGAAAGCGAUGGGUUGAGCAUCACGGACUCGAUGGUGGCCGAGGCUCUUGCUGCCCUGGAUGCAGCGACGGCAGGAGAGGAUUUUGAGUGACGGCCAGGUGAGAAAGGGCGCGGUACUGCUCUGUGUAGAUGUGGAACAUUUCCAUACUUGCUCCCUCACACCCUGCACAUUUGAAUAUAUCCAAAAUAAUAGCUUUCAUAAAAUGAAGUCUUUCUGUAGGCGUCGAUUUUGACUGACUGAAAAGAAACUUUCAAUUCAAUUGAAGACAACAGGAGCUGCCUCUUGUUUACACAACAGAAAUCGACCACUUCAAAGACAGCACACUUGCUCGGAAAUGAAGGUCGUGUGAAUGUUUCCUUGUGAUUCAGUGGACAAACUCACACAAUUCAUGUUGCGUGAUUUUCCUUAGUACAGUUUUAUACGCAUUUAAAUUCACUGUGAUAAUGAAAUAAGCUCUAUAUGGUCAGAUAUUUUUUCAGCGGAGAUAAUUCAGUCAAAACACUACUUUUAUUUUCACACUGUUCUGUACAAAGCGAAAAACCAAAUUACAAUCCAGGUGUUGGGUUACUUAACUGUUGUACUUUUAGAGAUAUUUAAUGAUGGUUUUGUAAUAGAUUGAAAUCAAGUUCAUAUUUAACAAUCAAAUGAAAGACAGAUCAAUAUGCAGGUUUGUUUUCCUUGUUACACUGUGAGUACAUUACAUAGUGUACAUAUCUUAGAAGUUUAGGAAGACAUUUGGUUUGUGCACACAAACAUGUCUGGGUCAUAUUUUAGCCCUAAAAAAUAUGUUUUACAAAAAGAAGCAUAAUAAACUCUAUUUUUGCUGUAAUUUUAUCAAUGAUUUUAAAAAUGUUUUUUUUUUUCAAUUCAAUUAAAUACAAAAUCACAAGAAAUAACAUUAAUGCAAAUAAUGUUGAAUUUGAAAUUUAAAAUAAAAUUAUACUUCAUAUUUGUAUUGGCAUUUCAGUAGAAAAAGUGGAUGUUCUUUAUUGUUCUGAAAUGCCAAAAUGCAUAAUGCUAAAACCAAUAUCAUAGCUGUCCUUCUGAAACCGCGGCUGUCCAAAUUCACUGUUUGUGAAAAAACACACUACGCACUUUUUAUUGGUUAGAUGGAUAUUUGCAAAAUCCAGUGACAAACAUUAAGGGUGAUUAAUAAUGAUGAUUCAUGGCAAAAAAUAAUGAAAUAUGGAGACACAAGGUUUCAGAAGGACAUCUGCGGUAUUCUAAAUAAGUAUAUCAAAUAUUUUGAAUAUGAAAUAUGACCUGAGUUUCAUGUGGUUCACCAUUGUAUAUUUAUAUACCUGGUAGGGUUCCUGGUUCCAUUAAGACUGGAAAGAUAAAGUAGUGUGUUAAGGAAUCGGGCCAUUGAAGUUGUUGAUCCACUAUGCACGCAGAUGUUAAUUAUGCCCUUAACCAAUACUGGUUAACCAGCUGAGGCCUGAUGAGAAAGAAUCAAACCACAAUAACUAAAUGAACUCCACAGCAUAUGACGCACAUUUCUAUAAAUUUAUGAAAAAAUAAAAGGAGAAUUUAUCAUAAAAAUGAAUGUAACUCCCAUUUACCAGAAUUUGUAUGAUACCUUUAUGAGGUCAAUGUUUUAAAGUAGUAUUUCCAAAUGUUUCGUGAAGUAUGUGUGUUUUUAUGCUGUUAAUAUCAUUUCUUUUGAACCAGAUGAGACUCUUAAAAGAUGAGAUCAAAACAUUUGAAAUGUCACAGUGAAUACUUUUCUUUUUUCGUUGCAUUCUUUUUGUCCUUAAAUACCAGACAACAUAGGAUUGUCACAUGAGCCAGGGGAAAAAUAAAAACAAUGUAGUUGAUCAUAAGACUUGCCAUGUAAUCUGUUGACAUUUGUCUCAUGGAUAACAGUGCCACAGGGCCCUCUUAUAUAACCUCAUAUGAUUUCCCUCCAGUCUUAACCGAAUGCUAAGAUUUGUCCAGAAGUUGAUGUGCGCAGCAGCAAAACAAUGCCAUAGUGUGUUUGUGAAUGUAAUGACCGCUACAUUGUGCUGAACCUGCCUGAUGUUUGUUUUCUGAGCAGGCCUGCUGACAGAAUAUUAAAACACGAUUAUGA